CCGGCCGGGGCGGUGCCCGGAGCCGCGCGGGGCCGGAGCCGGAGCGGGACGGGGCAGCGGCGGAGAGAGGUUCUCAGGAGCGUUUACCCAGGCUCAGCUCCCACCUUGCCGUUUGCACGGGAGAGGUGCGCUGACAUGAAAAGAAGGAGUUGUGUUAGCAAAUGCUGAUCGGCGCUGGGGCAGGCAGGCGUUGCCCAAGCACAGGCAUCUGCUGAGAUUGUGCCGUGUCAUUUGGAGCUUUCAGCAAGACACUCGGCUCCCGUGAGGCUGGGAAGGCUGUUGCUGCUGCAGGAGGUAAAAUAAGAACAUGGCAUGAUGUCCUUUGGAAAAGGAGCGAUGGCAGCCAUCAGGAAGAAGCUGGUGAUCGUGGGAGAUGGUGCCUGCGGGAAGACGUGUCUGCUGAUCGUGUUCAGCAAAGACCAGUUCCCCGAGGUCUACGUGCCCACAGUGUUUGAGAACUACAUUGCUGACAUAGAGGUGGAUGGCAAGCAGGUUGAGCUGGCCCUGUGGGACACGGCAGGACAGGAGGACUAUGACAGGCUGCGGCCCCUCUCGUACCCGGACACGGACGUCAUCCUCAUGUGCUUCUCCAUCGACAGCCCCGAUAGCCUCGAGAACAUCCCUGAGAAGUGGACGCCGGAGGUGAAGCACUUCUGCCCCAACGUGCCCAUCAUCCUGGUGGGGAACAAGAAGGACCUGCGCAACGACGAGCACACGCGGCGGGAGCUGGCCAAGAUGAAGCAGGAGCCGGUGAAGCCAGAGGAGGGAAGGGACAUGGCCAACAGGAUCAACGCCUUUGGCUACCUCGAGUGCUCGGCCAAGACGAAGGAGGGGGUGCGGGAGGUGUUUGAGAUGGCCACCCGAGCUGGGCUGCAGGUGCGCAAGAACAAGAAGCGCCGAGGCUGCCCGCUGCUGUGAGCAGCCCUGCGGGCAGCAGCACUGCCUGCCCUGCCCGGGGCACUGCUGGCACCCAGCCCCAGCCGCACCUCGUGGUGCCACCACCUGCCCCGCACCCUUCGCACCAGAGUGCCACCCACGCUCACAGGGGUCCCCGUGACACUCCGGGGCCAUGAGGGGCCAGUGCCUUCAGCACCUGCUGCUGUCUGCGGGCCGGUGCUCGUGUUGCUCCCCGUGUUGCCCUGUUCUGUACUGAGCUCCCUGGUUUUGCCCUUCCCGCGGGCAUUGCUGGGGGGUUCCCUCUUCCCCAGCUCUGGCAGGUGCCACAGGAGCAGGAGGUGCCGGUCACAGCUCACGUGUGGGGUGUGCUGUGCUGCUCUGCUGGGCGUGCAGGCAGCACACAGCCGUGUCACAGACCUGCCCGGGCAGUUUCAGCCCUGUCUGCGCAGAGCUGGGCCCAGCUGCUGCCAGCAGCUCAGCUCUCCUCCUGGGACUGUGCCCAGCUCUGCCGGCACCGCCGCCUCCGAGUCUGCCUCGGCCGCGGGCUUGGCAGCACUAAACCAACUGCAUAAUUGGGAGAAUAAAUGCA